AUGGCAGAGUAUUACCAUAUUUUGGGAGUAAAGAGGAAUUCAACCCAAGAUGAAAUUACAAAAGCGUACAGGAAACAGGCAUUAAAAUGGCAUCCCGAUAAAAAUCCACAAAGCAGAGAUACAGCUGAGAGGAAAUUUAAGCAACUGUCUGAAGCUUAUGAAGUACUUUCAGAUCCCCGUAAGCGUGACAUCUAUGAUAUAUAUGGCACUGAAGGAUUGGGUAGAGGGAGUGGGAGACCAUUUCACAGUGGCCAAGGGUUUGGAUUCACAUUCCGCAGGCCUGAAGAUGUUUUUAGAGAUUUCUUUGGUGGUCGAGAUACUUUUGCAGAUUUUUUUGGGGACCUAUUUGAGGAGAACUUUUUAGGAAACCAAACCGUGAGUAGAAGAAGAAAUAAAGACUCUUCAGCAUACAGAUAUAGUAACCAUCCAUCUGGUCCCAGAAUGUCAGGGUAUGAAGCUGGAUAUACCUCUUAUAAUCAACCUGGGGGUGACAGCUUCACAUCAUUUUAUUCUAAUUUAUUUGGAGAAAAAAAUACCAACGAUAACUUUCGCUCUGUUUCCUCCUCCACCAAAACAGUGAAUGGCAGAAAAAUUACCACAAAGAGAAUGGUGGAAAAUGGUCAAGAGAGGGUUGAAGUUGAGGAAGAUGGACAGCUGAAAUCACUUACUAUAAAUGGCAAAGAGCAGCUGCUUGAAAAUGGCUAUCUUUGCUCUGGAGACUGA